AUGCCUGCCGCAUCACCAUUGAGCCACGGUCUACUUGCUGGACCCGCAUCUUCCCUGCUUGGUUGCAUCGCACGUACUGGGGCGUCAUCUCUUCGUUUGUCACGCACACAUAAGCAAUGCGUCGUACAAAGCUCAUCUGAGCCUGGGAAUAUUCCCUCGUUGACGGAUAGACAAUACCUACGCGGAACAUUACUCAUUGCGGUGCAUGCCUGCGGAUAUUCUGGCUCCUGGCUCUGCCUCGUCAUCGUGUUUGGCGGCGAUUCGUUCCGGCCUGGGCUCGGUACGGGAUAG